CUUCCAGAUUACAGACAGCUUCCACUUCCACUUCCACUUGCACUUGCACUUGCACUUGCACCUUGACAUAGUACGACAUAGUAGCACUUGCGCUUGAUCGUCUGUUUUCCCGAGCCAUUCAACUACAACAUCGGCGUUUUCUUUGGACCAACAUCGCCAACUUGAAGUAUUACAAUACCCAACCACUGCGAAUCAACAACUCUAGGUUCUCGUUCUUGUUUUUGCUCUGUUUGCGUCACGAGCUUUCCACCAUCUAUAAUCUACCGGCCCGCCCGUAAUCAACAGUCGCCAAGCUGGGGAAGCGCAAAGUAUCCGAAGGGGACCUACCCAUCUCCCUAAAGAGAACCAUGACAGACACUCAGAAAAACGAGGUCGACCUUGUCACCAGGAUGCAAGUCGACGAGUCAGUAGCCGGCACCACGGCCGAGAUCGAUGAGUCCCUCUACAGUCGCCAGCUCUAUGUCUUGGGCCACGAGGCCAUGAAGCGCAUGAGCGCUUCCAACGUCCUCAUCGUCGGCCUCAAGGGCCUCGGCGUCGAGAUCGCCAAGAACGUCGCCCUUGCUGGCGUCAAGAGCCUCACCCUCCACGACCCCGAGCCCGCCGCCUGGGCCGACCUCUCCGCCCAGUUCUUCCUCCGCCCUGAGGAUGUCGGCAAGCCUCGCGACCAGGUCACCGCUCCCCGCGUUGCUGAGCUCAAUGCUUAUACCCCCGUUCACAUCCACCAGUCGCCAAGUCUCGCCGAUAACCUGUCGCAGUUUGACAAGUACCAAGUCGUCGUCCUUACGAACCAGCACACCGAUCUCCAGACUAUUGUCGGCGAAUACUGCCACUCCAAGGGCAUCUACUUCAUCGCUGUCAACACACACGGUCUCUUUGGCGGCAUCUUCUGCGAUUUCGGCGAUAACUUUACUGUCAUGGACACGAACGGCGAAAACCCCGUUAACGGUAUCGUGGCUGGAAUCGACGAGGAGGGUCUCGUUUCUGCGCUUGACGAGACCAGGCAUGGGCUUGAGGAUGGCGACUAUGUGACGUUCUCGGAGGUCGAGGGUAUGGAGGGACUCAACGGCUGCGAGCCCCGCAAGGUCACCGUCAAGGGCCCCUACACCUUCUCUAUUGGCGACGUGUCCGGGCUUGGCCAGUACAAGAAGGGCGGUCUCUACCAGCAGGUCAAAAUGCCCAAGACUAUCGAGUUCAAGAGCAUUACCAACGCGCUCAAGGAUCCCGAGUUUGUCAUCUCCGACUUCGCCAAGUUCGAUCGCCCUCAGCAGCUCCAUAUUGGAUUCCAGGCUCUCCACGCUUUUGCCAAGUCUCAGGGACGUCUACCAAGGCCGAUGAACGACGAGGAUGCGCUUGUGGUUAUCGCCUCGGCCAAGGAGUUUGCCAAGCAGCAGGGUGUUGACGUCGAGUUCGACGACAAGCUUCUCAAGGAGCUCAGCUACCAGGCUACUGGUGACCUCAACCCCAUGGCCGCUUUCUUCGGUGGUCUUACCGCCCAGGAAGUCCUUAAGGCUGUUUCGGGCAAGUUCCACCCCAUCAAGCAGUUCAUGUACUUCGAUGCGCUCGAGGCUCUUCCCACCAACUCCAAGCGCACCGAGGAACUCUGUGCGCCCACUGGAAGCAGGUAUGACGGCCAGAUCGCGGUCUUUGGUAAGGAGUUUCAGGAGAAGAUCUCGAACGUCAAGCAGUUCCUUGUCGGCGCUGGCGCCAUUGGCUGUGAGAUGCUCAAGAACUGGGCCAUGAUUGGUCUCGGCACUGGCCCUGAGGGCAAGAUUACCGUUACCGAUAUGGACUCGAUUGAGAAGUCCAACUUGAACAGACAGUUCUUGUUCCGCCCCAAGGACGUUGGUCAGAUGAAGAGUGACUGCGCGGCCAAGGCUGUGCAAGCUAUGAACCCUGACCUCGAAGGCCACAUUGUUUCUCUCAAGGAUCGCGUUAGCCCCGAGACCGAGGAGAUCUUCAAUGAGGAGUUCUGGCAGGGUUUGGAUGGCGUCACUAACGCGCUGGACAACGUUGAGGCAAGAACGUAUGUCGACAGGCGGUGCGUUUUCUUCCACAAGCCUCUCCUUGAGAGUGGUACCCUCGGCACCAAGGGCAACACGCAAGUGGUGCUUCCUAGGCUCACCGAGUCCUACUCUUCCUCCCAGGAUCCUCCUGAGCAGUCGUUCCCCAUGUGCACUCUCAGGAGUUUCCCCAACAAGAUCGAGCACACCAUUGCUUGGGCUCGUGAGCUGUUCGAGAGCUCAUUUGUCAAGCCUGCGGAGACUGUCAACCUCUACUUGACCCAGCCAAACUAUCUCGACACUACCCUGAAGCAGAGUGGCAACGAGAAGGCGACGCUGGAGAUGUUGGCGGACUUCCUCAAGCACGAGCGCCCGCUCACCUUUGAGGAUUGUGUCCAAUGGGCUCGCAUGCUUUUCGAGAAGCAGUACAACAACGCUAUUCAGCAGCUCCUUUACAACUUCCCCAAGGACUCCGUGUCCUCGACCGGCACCCCCUUCUGGUCCGGACCCAAGCGCGCCCCUGACCCGCUCAAGUUCGACCCUGAAAACCCCACCCACUUUAGCUUCCUCGAGGCUGCUACCAACCUCCAUGCCUUCAACUAUAGUAUCAAUGCCAAGGGCAAGAGCAAGGCCGACUACCUCCAGGCUUUGGAGGGCAUGAUUGUGCCUGAUUUCUCCCCUGACUCGAACGUCAAGAUUCAGGCUGAUGAGAAGGAACCUGACCCGAACGCAGAUAACACUGCCUUCGAUGACGAGUCGGAGCUCGGCAACCUCAAGUCCCAGCUCCCUGAGCCCAAGUCCCUCGCUGGCUUCAAGCUCAAUGUUGUGGAGUUUGAGAAGGACGAUGACACCAACUACCACAUCGACUUCAUCACGGCCGCCAGCAACCUGCGCGCUGAGAACUACAAGAUUGAGCCUGCCGACCGUCACAAGACCAAAUUCAUCGCCGGCAAGAUCAUUCCCGCCAUCGCCACCACGACGGCCCUGGUCACCGGCCUUGUCGUCCUCGAGCUGUACAAGAUCAUCGACGGCAAGACCGACAUUGAGCAGUACAAGAACGGCUUCAUUAAUCUGGCCCUCCCCUUCUUCGGUUUCUCCGAGCCCAUCGCCAGCCCCAAGGUCGAGUACAAUGGCCCCAACGGCAAGGUCACGCUCGACAAGAUCUGGGACCGCUUCGAGGUCGGCGACAUUACCCUGCAGGAGCUGAUUGAUGAUUUCGAGAAGCGCGGUCUGUCCAUCUCCAUGCUGAGUUCCGGUGUCAGCUUGCUGUAUGCCUCGUUCUUCCCGCCUGCCAAGCUCAAAGAUCGCUAUGCUCUCAAGCUCAGCGAGUUGGUGGAGACGAUUAGCAAGAAGCCCAUCCCGGCGCAUCAGAAGGAGUUGAUCUUCGAGGUGGUGACGGAGGAUGCGGAUGGUGAGGAUGUGGAGGUUCCUUAUAUUAAGGCGCGGAUCAGGUAGAUGAUUGGCCUAAAAGGAUUGGUGUGGAAGACGGUGUAGAUAUCAGAUGAGCUGUUUUUGGGUGAAUGAAUACAGUCAAAGUCAAGUCAAUAGAACGUUACUUUUUACUUCUUGGUUUAUGGUCCUUCUACAUAAGGCGUACAUGAAUUCGAAGCAGAAGGAGUCCGGCUUAGUGCCGGUAAGGAUGAGGUGAUGACGAUAGAAACGCUGAAGUAGAAGUGCCAGGAAAGUGAUUAAAUUAUAUUUCACAGAAGAGAGGACAAUUACUUGUAAAAA